AGAUGCAAGGUUGUUCUCAUAGGCUUUACUGGGUUUGCAAUCAUAGAAACUGGUUUUCUUUUGGUUUUCACUUCCUGCAAUGUUUAGAGACAGACCUGCAUUUCCACCGUCUCUAGUUGUUUGCAAACCAAGCUUGCCACAAACACUUUUUUUUUUUUUUUUUUAAUUAAAGGCUACGUUGAUAUCUUUGUUGAAAUUAAGUAGAAGUAUAUUUUUAGACAAUUAUGCUGGCCUGUUGGGCUGAAGACUACACAGCGCCAAUGUAUUUACUCAAACUUUUGCCGCUCUCACUCCUUAGAAAGAAUAUCAAAAUGUGAUAUUUCAUAGAAGCAGGGGCAGUUUUAGACAUGUUUCACUGCAUUUCUUUUCAGGAUUAGGCUUUAGGAAUUACCCUAAUCUAAGACUGGCCAAUAUUCAUAUUGGUAUUUUAUAGCAAAGUGUCAAUUAAUAUUUUCUUCUGUAAAGAAAUAGCAAAUGGUUGUCAUAAUACCAAAAUUAAUAACUUUGAUAUGCAGUUUUUGCAUCAGCAACAUUUGAGUAUACUUAGGUUAUAGAAAUAUUCUAUCCUCUUAAAUACCACAUGUUUCAAAAUGAUUAGAUCUUCGUUAUUUAAAUACUCAGUGGUGUCAAAAAGUAUUGAAAAGUAAUUAUCUUCAGUCCAAUUUUUUUAAACAGAAAGGUGUUUAAAUUACACUUAUACCGUAUGUUGGCAAUAACUUAUUUAGUUUAAAUUGCUGGAAUUUAGUAGCUUUUCUGUGUACUUGUACUUCUUUGAUUACUUUUUUAAAAUCAGUAAUUUUUACAUUUACUUAAGUUAAUUUCUUCCAUAAUGUACCUAACUACAUUUUAAAAAGCAUCAAGUACUGAGAAAAAUGAAACGAGGAGGUUGUAGCUCUCUGCCAACAACAUGAAACUGGUUAAGUUGCACCUUAUUUUAACCAGCCUGGUUCGAGAUUCAUAUUAUCUUCUUGUUAUUGCACAUUUAAAAAAAAAGAUCCCAAUUUACCGUACAAGCUACUUAUUAAAAAAAGGUAUAUAUUAAAUACUCCGUGCUUUAAGGAAAUUUUAAAUUAUAUAUAUUUUUUUAAUUUUUAAAACUUCAUUAUUAUACAUAUAUCAUUACAUGUAUUAUUACUUUACAUACUUCAGUUAAUUUUAACCAAAGUAACUGUACUUUUACUUUUGUACGACAGUCUUGUAGCCCACUUAUUCCACAUCUAAUAAAACCCACUAAGGCCCUCACAAUUACCUUUACCUAAUGAUCAAACCACAAAUAAAUAGAAAGUUUGUCAACUUUUAUAGUAAUUUUUGAUGGGACAAAACUUUGCUACGUCAACCUAGACGUUAGAACACUGACUGUUAGAACUAUCAGUCAAGAACCGGUGCAUUUGAUUGGUGCAGGAGGCAGGUUUGACAGCAGGAGGCGGGACGAAAGGUGGUUCUGGUCGUCAGUCAUAAGAGACGACCAAGUUCAGAUAAGGUUAAGCUGCGUGUUGGAAGUUCACCCCGGUUGUAGCAGGUCCCUCUGCACUAGUCCGGGAUAACUGAGUUUUCCCGAGUCGCUUCGGGAACUGGACCGAACUGACAUCUGCGCUGAGGAGAAUGGCUGCACUGCAACGUCUGAGACGGUGCCACCCAACAGGCAUUGCGAUCUCUCAUCUUCACACCAGUAGCCAAGCCUCUGCUAAACAACAUUACAAAAUGCUUGUGCUAGGAGGAGGAAGUGGAGGGAUUACAAUGAGUGCUCGAAUGAAGAAGAUGUUUGGAGCUGAGAAUGUAGCUGUUGUGGAGCCCAGCGAGACUCAUUACUAUCAACCGAUAUGGACCCUGGUUGGUGCUGGUGCCAAAACUGUAGCCUCUUCAGGUCGCUCUACUGCCAGUGUUAUGCCAUCUGGAGUGAAGUGGGUGAAAGCUAAAGUUCAGGAAAUAAACCCCGACCAAAACACGGUCCGCACGGAUGAUGGGAAUGAGAUCUCCUAUGAGUAUUUGAUUGUGGCUCUUGGUUUACAACUCCAUUUUGAAAAGAUAAAAGGACUGGCAGAGGGGUUACAUCAUCCAAAGAUUGGAUCAAACUACUCAGUCACAACUGUGGAGAAAACAUGGAAAGCUCUGCAGAACUUCAAAGAAGGAAAUGCUGUGUUUACGUUUCCAAAUACCCCUGUGAAAUGUCCUGGAGCUCCACAGAAGAUCAUGUACCUAUCAGAUGCCUAUUUCAGAAAGACAGGUAAAAGGGCAAAGGCCAAUAUAAUAUACAACACAUCCCUCCCUGUGAUCUUUGGGAUUAAGAAAUAUGCUGAUGCAUUGUGGGAAGUUGUGAAACAGCGUGACCUUCGAGUAAACCUGAGGACAAAUCUGAUUGAAGUUCGGGCAGACAAGCAAGAAGCUGUGUUUGAAAACCUUGACAAACCAGGGGAAACCACAGUGAUCGAGUAUGAUAUGCUUCAUGUUGCACCUCCAAUGGGACCCAAUUUGGUGGUUAAAGGCAGUCCACUGGCAGAUGACGCUGGCUGGUUGGAUGUGAACAAAGAAAACCUCCAACACAAAAGGUAUCCAAAUGUGUUUGGGAUUGGAGACUGUACCAACCUACCCACCGCCAGGACAGCUGCUGCUGUUGCUGCACAGUCUGCCAUCCUGAACAGAACCAUCAGCAAAAUACUGAACAAUGAGAAGCCAGACAAAAUUUAUAAUGGCUACACCUCGUGUCCCCUGGUUACAAGCUACAACACAGUAGUUCUGGCUGAAUUUGACUACAAUCUUCAACCUCUGGAGACAUUCCCCAUAAAUCAAGCCAAAGAAAGACGAACCAUGUACCACUUGAAAGCUGAUCUGAUGCCUCACCUCUACUGGCAUGGUCUCUUAAAGGGCCUGUGGGGUGGACCAGCACCAUACAGGAAACUCCUUCAUCUUGGGAUGAAAUAAGACCACCUCAUGUUUGGGAAAUUUAUAAGCCUUUGCUAAACCUUAGGAGAAUAAGAGGCACAUUAAAUCCAUUUUUUCUACAAAGGAAGGUCCUACGGUGUAAUGGGACUAUUUUGAUGGUAAAAAUCUUUGGGCGUCUUGACUUCUAACAGUGGUUUUAUCAAGUGAUUAAUUACAUACACUAUAUUGCCAAAAGUACUCGAUCACCUGCCUCGACUCUCAGAUGAACCUAAGUGACAUCCCAUUCUUAAUCCAUAGGGUUUAAUAUGACCUCGGUCCACCCUUUGCAGCUAUAACAGCUUCAACUCUGCUGGGAAGGCUUUCCACAAGGUUUAUGAGUUUGUUUAUGG